UGAUAAUCUACGUACGUCUUUUUUUUUCUGUCAAAAUUAUAUCAUCGUGGUGCUUUUGCAGAUAAAUGUAAGCGAUUAAACAAUUGCAGGUUCGUCAAUUUCUAAUAUUCUUCGAAAGUGAACCAAACAUUUUUUCCUUCUUUAAGUUGCUUUGGGUUUUUGUCUACUAUCUAGCAAUGCUAUGUUGGUGUGAGUGGUGCAAAGCUCCGGAUUGCCUCUGUUAAAUUAACUUCCUUGAUCGUGUUAGUCUUCUCAUCUCGACAUGCAAUCCGGAUGUUUCGUUUAUGCGACCAGAUCUUAAAAGAAUCUAGAAGCAUUUGUUAUCGAUAGCGAUUAUUUAGAUAUCAGAAGUCAAAUUUACUGCUCUAGUCUUAUGUUUUGGGGUCACAUUAUUCUAGCCGAUUUUAAUGAACAGCUUGAUUUUAGGUUGUUUUUGAUAAAUUAGUUAUGGGAGAUCCGAUCACUGGAGCUCCUGUGAGCUAUGGAGUUCCUUCAUCUCAUAGGUCUAACAAUUCGGUGCCUCCGCAACCAGUCACAGAAUUCUCCAGUCAAAGCAUGCGUCUUGGGAGUAAAAUUGAACGUGCUGAGAAAGGCAUCGCCGAAGAUCCGUACAAUGUGGAAUGCUGGAGUGUUUUAGUGAAAGAGACGAGCAACAUGUUGGAAGAAGAGUCGAGGCGAACGUAUGAACGUCUUGUGCACCAGUUUCCUACUUGUGGAAAGUAUUGGAAAAUUUACAUCGAUUUCGAAGUCAAGUUGCAGAAUUAUGAGCUAGUGGAAAAGCUCUUCCAAAGAUGUCUCACGAAAGUGCUGAAUCUUGAGCUGUGGAAGUCAUAUCUUGCGUAUGUUCGCGAAACCAAAGGAAAUUUACCGAAUUUCAAGGAAAACAUGGCGAAUGCGUAUGAUUUUGCACUAGAAAAAGUUGGAACUGAUAUUAUGGCGUACACAAUCUGGAACGAUUAUUUAGUUUUCCUCAAAGGAAUCGAAGCUCAGGGCACGUAUGCUGAAAACCAGAAAAUAACAGCAGUGAGAAGAAUUUACCAAAGAGGGUGUGCGACUCCUUUGAUCAAUGUAGAUACGCUCUGGAAAGAGUACAAUAGCUUUGAGAACAGCGUGAAUCAUUUACUGGCUAAGAAGAUUAUAGAAGAAAAGACCAGGGACUAUAUAGCGGCGAGGAAAGUUGCCAAAGAGUACGAAGCAGUUACCCGACACCUGAUCCGAAACGUUCCAGCAGUUCCUCCGGGACACCGAUCUGGCUUGGCUGCUGCCGGAAUAGCGGAGGAGCGAUCUCAAUUGGAACAUUGGAGAAAGUAUUUUAAGUGGGAAAAGGAUAACCCUCUAGGCAGUGAAGAUUACCUGUUCAUAUCAAAGAGAGUCACAUAUUCUUACGAGCAGUGCUUGCUAGUCUUUGGGCAUCAUCCAGAUGUGUGGUGCGAAGUAUGCGCGUGGCUUCAACAGGUAUCUCAAAUAUUGAAUCAAAAGGGAGAUUCAGCAAAUUCUAAAGCGUUCUUAGAUUCAGUGGCUAAUAUGCAUGAGCGUGCAAUCAGUCAUCUCAUGAAACUCAACCACCUUAUGUAUUUUGCAUACGCAGAUUAUGAAGAGUCCCGAAUGAAAAUGGCCAAAGUUCAUCAGAUCUACGAGCGAGCUUUGGCCGUUGAAGAUUUGGACCCUACGUUAGUUUAUAUUCAGUUCAUGAAGUUUGCCCGACGUUCAGAGGGCAUUAAAACCGCCCGAGCAAUUUUCAAACGAGCACGAGAAGAUAAGCGAUCAGGAGCAUUUAUUUACGUAGCUGCUGCUUUAAUUGAGUUUUACUGUAGUAAAGAUCAAAAUAUCGCGUAUAAAAUAUUCGAGCUUGGUCUGAGAAAACACCAAAAUGAAACUGCGUAUAUUACAGCGUAUUUGGAUUUCUUGUCUCAUCUUAACGAUGUAAAUAACACCCGAGUUCUCUUUGAGAAAGCUUUGGCCUCUAAAACUCCCGAUCACUGCCUCGAAGUCUGGGAAAACUAUAUAUCAUUUGAAUCUCUAUGCGGUGAUUUGGCAAGCAUCCAAAAAGUAGAGAAGAAAAGGAUGACAGCUUUUCCUGAAGUCUUCGAGGGCAGAGAAGCUAAAAUGUUGAUAGACAGAUACAAGUUCUUAGAUUUAGUUCCAGUCAGUGAAGCGCAGCUCAAAGCCAUGCAGUACCAAACAGCUUUGCCUCACUUGCAGAAGAAGUUUAAAAACAUAGCUCCUCUGACAUCGGCUGCGGCGUUUGUGACAUCGGGAGGUCUAUAUGGAGACGAAAUCUCCUCGAGAUCCCAGCUAUAUCCACUUCCGGACACAACUCAAAUGAUUCCAUUCAAGCCGAAUCGAUCUUCAGCCGCGGAGAGCUUGAUAGUUCCAGGAGGCGACUUCCCGAUUCCUCCCGCCGCCGCGUCAAUUCUUAGGAAGCUCCCGCCUCCGAACUGUUUCCAAGGACCUUUUGUCAUUCUGGACGAAUUUAUGAAGCAAAUGUUGGAGUUAGAAUUGCCAGAGGCGUCAGGAUCCGAGGUCAGAGGUCAAGUGGGGCUAAAAAGAGCCCUGAUUAUGGAAGAAGAGGAUAGCGAUGAUGAUGAGGGAGGAAUGAGGCGACGUUCGGGAGCUUUUGGAAGUAGGUUGCCCUCAGGAGGAGCCACUAAGUACCCAAAUGUGGCUCAGAAUCCACCGGUGAACGAUAUUUAUAGGCAGCGCCAGCAAAUGAAAAGUUCGUCCGGUUUUCAAAACUAGAAGCAAUCAAAUAGACUAGUACCGUAGGUGUAACUCUUUUUGUCUUUUUCUUUGUUGCAAUAAAUAUAUUUUUAAUUUGA